AUGUCCAACACCAAGGCCAAGUUGACCGUCUUGAUCUCUGGAUCGGGAAGCAAUCUUCAAGCGCUGAUAGAUGCCUGCGCAAACACAACUCUCCCCAAUGCAGAAAUCACCCGUGUUGUGUCGAACAAGAAAGCCGCCUACGGACUAGAAAGAGCCCAGAAGGCACACAUUCCUACCGCCUACCACAACCUCCUUGAGUACAAGAAGCGCUUCCCAGAUGCAAGCGAAUCCAAGAAGUUCGAGCAGGCCAGGAGCGAAUACGACCGCGACUUGGCCUCUCUGGUCCUCGCUGACAAGCCCGACUUGGUCGUCUGUGCAGGUUGGAUGCACAUUCUCGCUCCCACUUUCUUGGAACCCCUGAAGGAGGCUGGCGUACCUGUCAUCAAUCUCCACCCGGCACUUCCUGGCCAGUUCAACGGCGCUCACGCUAUUGACGAGGCAUACCAGGCAUUCCAAGAGGGCAAAAUUGACAAGACUGGCAUCAUGAUUCACUACGUUAUCCUGGAAGUUGACAUGGGGGAACCAAUUGUCACGAGAGAGAUUCCUAUGCGGAAGGGUGAAUCACAGGAUGACCUCGAGCAAAGGAUUCACGAGAACGAAUGGCAGUUGAUUGUGCAAGGCACGCANAAAGCCAUUGAUACGCUCUGGAAGUCAAGACAAUCGUCAUGA